AUGUCUCACGGCGACGCCCAGCGCCGUCCAACAGAAAGCUCUACUGCCAGCUCACCAGAAUAUGGUUUCGCCAACAGGCAUUCAGCGCCAACUGCUUCGACCGAUUCGUCGACCGAGAAUAUCAAUCAGGGGACUCAGGGCGCAACGGCCUCAGCGGUAGCCGCCAUGGGACCUCAAGGCUCCCGCGGUUUGACACCGGUAGAGAGGUGGGCUGCUGGCGCAUCCGACACACAGUUCAAUGCUCUUUCAGGCGCCAUUGGUGGUUUCACCUCUGGCGUAGUCACAUGUCCACUGGAUGUCAUCAAGACAAAGCUGCAGGCACAGGGCGGUUUCCUGCCAGUGUCAAAGGGCAGACAUGUCGGUCACCACCGAGUCUAUUCGGGCUUGAUGGGCACCGCGAGCGUUAUAUGGAAAGAAGAGGGUCUGCGCGGCAUGUAUAGAGGUUUAGGGCCUAUCAUCCUUGGCUACCUGCCGACAUGGGCGGUUUGGUUCACCGUUUACAACAAGAGCAAGAUCUUCUUGGCCGAGAACAACGUGCACAACUCAUUCGCCAUCAACUUCUGGUCGUCUAUCAUAGCCGGGGGCAGCAGCACUAUAGUGACAAAUCCCAUAUGGGUGAUCAAGACUAGGCUUAUGUCUCAGUCAUCGAGCGGAUACAAUAGGGAAAUGUCGGUCUUCCCCAGAUCGGGUAACACUCCGACCUCCAGACCGGCCAUCAACUCUCCCUGGCAUUACCGCUCGACGCUAGACGCGGCUCGGAAGAUGUAUUCAUCUGAAGGUGUAUUUUCCUUCUAUUCCGGACUCACGCCUGCACUCCUUGGUCUCACACAUGUUGCCGUGCAAUUCCCAGCCUACGAAUACCUGAGAAUGAAAUUCACAGGCCAGGGCAUGGGCAUGAUGACCACCGGUUCCAACCAACAGACGGACUGGCUAGGGGUGCUAUCUGCUUCGAUAAUGUCAAAGGUACUAGCUAGCUCGGCCACAUAUCCUCACGAGGUGAUCCGGACAAGAUUACAGACACAAAGACGGCCGACACCUGGAGUUGAAUAUCUACAGGGGCUAGGGAUUACGGAGCCCAAUUCUGGAAACGGGGCACAGGCUCCGAAAGGUGGCAACGAGAAAAUACCCGAGCCGAAGUACCGCGGAAUUGUCAUGACCUUCCGUACGAUAUUACGCGAAGAAGGAUGGAGAGCGUUCUACGCAGGCAUGGGGGUGAACAUGAUGAGAGCAGUACCGGCUGCUACAGUCACAAUGAUGACCUACGAGUAUGUGAUGAAAAGCCUUCAUCAUAUACAGUCAGAGGGUCGGCGAAAACGGGCGGGCGGUGUGGGUGAGAGGGCGUUUGCCUGA